AGAUUUUUUGGCUCCCGAGGACAGCGUUAUAUCGAGGUAGAGGUGUACAUAAGUUAUCAAUGUGCAUGUCAAAAAAUAUACUUGUUGAUAAUAGGACUCUUGCAUAGUUUAAGAAUUACUCUUUGAAAUUAACACUGUGAACUUGAAAUCAAGUCAACUUUAACAAGUUUUAAAGGUAGUUUCAGGUACAGCACUACACUUGCUCCUGAGUUCCCAUGCCAAUUCUUAGGACCUCUAAUUGAGAAGCCAUGAUCCUGCAGAUGUUUACACACAUGCUCCUCUAUAAGCAUUGAAGACAAUCUAAUAACUCAUAUACUUAAAGUGAAGUAAAUGUGAAGUAGAUAUGUAAGUGUCUGCAGGAAUGGGAUGAGGUUGUCUUUUAUUUUAUUUUAUUCUGUUGCUGUAUGUGCAGGUAACUAAGGCCCUGAUCCUGAAACUGCCUGGGUAUAGGCAUGUGCUUGAGCAGUUCUAACCAUAGGGUUGGGAUCUAACUGACUAUACACCUGUUCUGCAGUUAAAUGUGCAAAGUAAUCAAGUUGGGGAAAAAAACAGAGAAAAAUUAUUUUGGUGUGAUGGGGUGGGGGAGUCUUUGGGAAACAGACUAUUAAGGGAGCAAGGAAGAAAUCCUAUAUGCAGGUUGUUCAAUGUCCUCUGUAGGGUUUCUUCCACCUCCUGUGAAGCAUCUGGACUAGAUGGGCCACUGAUCUAAUCUGGUACCUUCCUGUGAAACAGUACAUUACUAUAAAAUGUCCCUUUCUUUUUUUUCCUCCUGUAGGAAACUUCCAGGGGAACACUUGACCUGAUAUGGCUUUGAUUAACUUACAAAGUUUCCAGUUUUAUUCUUCUAGUGUACGCACAUGCAGAUCCCUAGGAACGCUAAGAAAAACCUUGAACCACCUUAGUGAUCAAGGUAGACAGCUAAGGUCAUGGUGCUGUGGUUCCUCGGUCUUUGGCACAGUACUUUCAAGGGUUAGGUUUCGGUAUGUGUUUUGUAGAAACUACCAUGCAGAACCCUGGAACCAGUCUAACUCCAUUAUGGGAUCUGUGCAUCUUCACAGAGAUGCUGGAAACAGUUCUAAAUCUGAUGGCAAAUGGAUGGAUGAACAAAAAUUUUUCAUGGAGCUGAACAGCUUGAAUUCAUCCAACGAGAUUUUUAAAUUUCUGAGUUCUUUAGAAGUUCUGUCUGACACCAUGGCAGCAGCAGCUUUACAGAGGAUCUGUGAAUUUGAAGUGGAUGACAGUGGAUUGAAGAAUCCUGAAGCCAUAUUGGAGAAUGAAGUCUUCAGGGCAUUAUGCUUUCAGUUUGAACAUGAAUCACAAAAGCUGUCAGACACUGGUCUCGUGACUGCUUUGCAGGCUUUGAUAAAGUUGCGUGUAGAUCCCUGGAGUACUCUGAUUGUGCGUUUGGUAUCAGAGAGCCAGGAACGGCUUGAUAAGGGACAAUUAACCAUUAGAAACCUGUGUAUUCUUGGAGAAAGCUUGCUUGAUUUGGAAGGCCCAGGAUGUAUAAUGCUGGAACAAAUUGUGAACCAAGUACAAGGAAAAAAGCUUGAAGAAUGGACCACUGAGGACAUAGCAAUGGUUUAUGGAAUGCUGCAGAUGAGUAUUACAGAAGAAGGACAAUACCAAGACUUGUUAAACCACAUGAACAACAUCACUUUAACCUUAGCUCCCCAACUAAGUCCUAAAUUGAUAAGCAGAAUACUGAAGGCACUGGUUAUUCUUGACCAAACUCAGGCAAUCCCUUUAGUAAUAAGACUAUGUAAGUAUUCAGUGAGGCAUGUCCCUCGAUUCACAGAUGAUGAACUAGUAAAUGUGCUGGGAGCUUUCAUACAUUUUGGACACACUGACCAAUUCUUCACAGAAGCACUGGAAAGGCUUGUUCCCAAAUCCUCCUUCACCAUGUACCCUGAAGCAGUCAGCAAAGUCAUGCAGUACUGCUGCAGAAAGCUGAUCCGUUCUAAGCCCAUCUUUGAUGCCGUGGCAGAAAGUUUUGCUUAUAAUGCCGACAAAUACACCACCAGACAGAUUGCUGAGUAUAUUGUUCCAUUUGGAACACUCAAUUAUCUACCACCAAGUGCUCCCUCUGUCUUCAGAAAACUUGAAAGGAUACUAAAUGCUCACUUUACUCAGUUUCAGCCUCACACCCUGCUGAAUCUUCUCCACUCAUGCACCCUUAUUGAGCGCUACCCAGUAAACUUUCUGGCAAAAAUAUUUAACCCCAUUUUUCUUCAACAGCUGCAGGCUCAAACACCAGGUUUGGACAGAUUUGUCCUCUCUCAGCUGACCCAGCUCUUUUUAACAGUUACCUUGGAGUGUCCCUUCUAUAAGGGUCCUACACUCCUUCCAAAGUAUCGAGUAAAGUCCUUUCUCAUACCAGGCCGUUCACUGGAGUCCUCUGUGGACGUUCACCUCUACAACAGGGUGAAGACUGGACUUGUUGCUUUGCUAGGAUCAAGAAUGUAUUUUGCUUCUCGUGUGUUGACACCAUAUUGCUAUACAUUAGAUGUUGAGAUUAAAUUAGAUGAAGAAGGCUUUGUAUUACCUACCACCCUAUAUGAGGAGGUGCACAGGAGAAUAGCCCUGUGUAUUGAUGAUCAAACGAGGUUUUGCAGCAACAACCACAGUCUUCUAGGCAAAGAAGCUAUUAAACAAAGACAUUUGCAAUUACUUGGAUAUGAAGUUGUGCAGAUUCCAUUUUUUGAGUUUGAGACUUUAAAUAACAGCAGAGAGAGAGUAGAAUAUCUGCACAAGAAAAUUUUUCCUCACACCUACAGGCUCAACUGGUGAUACAAUAUAACGAUAGACUACAGACUGGUCUACAGCACCUCUAGGUACUGUGAAGUGUAUAUUUUUUGAAUGGGAGAACCACUCUACUUUCAAAGUAACUCCUCAUAGGAUAAUUUUAGCUUCUGAAUGUGAGGCUCUCCAGUUCCUGGAUGGAUUGAUGUACAAAGAAUUAGAAAGGGCAACAGAAUGUAUUUUAUUUUGUGUGAAUAUUUACUGCAGCUGAAUAAUAAUGGAAAAUGCUUGCAAAACCGUUCAUGCUGAGUUUCCUGGGUAUUGCACUUUUCCUUUUAGCAUUGACAGAGAUAUGCUUGUAAAUGGGUAAAUACAUCAUUGUAUGUGGGGUUACUAAAUGUUGCUAGACAUUCAAGUUGUUACUGAUCAGGGCUUUUCUCAGUGGUACAAUAAAUUCAGUUGCACAGUGUCAAAUUGUGCACUGUCUUACACUCUGCAACGCUGGAAUUAUUGGAGUUUCCAAAAUAUGUAAAGCAGGGUAGAAUUUUGCCUCUAGUGUGAAGGCUUAGUACUUAUGAAACAAAUUUAAAUACCCUAAAGAAAAGUACAGUUUAAAUAUAUAUGCAAUUACGAUAAUAAACUUGUAUUGAUUUUUUUUUAAUAAUGUGAUUUAAGUAUGCAAGUUUUCUAUUUACCAGGAAUUUUAAAUGUGAAAGAAAAUCAAUGCACUUCAUUCAUAUUUGCUCAUGUACUUAUUUGUAUUUCUCACCAUUUUAGAUUUCUGAGUUGUAUUCCAUUGAACCUAAAAUAUUAGUGGUUUUAAUGUUCAGUGACUCCAGUAAAGAGCACUAUUGCCCAUUGA